GACCAGGUCCGUCUAUCAGCCGCGCUGAGCGGAGACAGCAGAGUCCAGGUGGCUCCGAGGAUGAUUUACGCUCGCACACUGUUGCGCCUCUCAGGAUGCUCCGGGUAAAAAUGUCAACAGCAACUUCAGCUUCCACUCCUCGGUAGAAAAAAAGAAAAAACAAACAGUUUGGGGUGUUUUUAUUUCUCCUCGGCGUGGGCAGCGGUUAAAGAAAUUGAACUGAAAAACGGUGAAGAAGUUGGACGUCGUUUAGUGAGGUGACCAACUGCGACCUCAGACCAUGGCCUACACUCUAGGCUCGGCCAAUGAGGGCCAGACGCGCAGUGUCGGACCUCAGCACUGCGUCACUCGGGUGGAGCUGUCUGUCACUGCAACCAGCCUGCUGGACCGAGAUGUAGCCUCCAAGUCAGACCCGUUCUGCGUUCUCUUCCAUGAAGUGGAUGGAAACUGGGUUGAACUUGGCCGCACUGAAACAGCAGUGAACAACUUGAACCCAGUGUUUGGAGUGAAGUUCCAGGUGGACUACCACUUUGAGGAGAUCCAGAAGCUCCGCUUUGCCAUGUUUGAUGAAGACAAGUGUGCCACGCAGCUCUACGAACAUGACUUCCUGGGAGAAUUCAUUUGCACACUGGGAGUGAUUGUGUCUAAUAAGAAACUUCACAGACCGUUGAUCUUAGCCAAUGGAAAGCCAGCAGGCAAAGGAUCCAUCAUGAUAACAGCUCAGGAGCUGUCUGACAACAGAAUCAUCACUUUGACCUUGAGUGGGCGAAAACUGGAUAAGAAGGACUUUUUUGGGAAGUCAGACCCAUACCUGGAGUUUCACAAACAGGGUGAAGACGGCAAAUGGAUGCUGGUGCACAGGACAGAGGUCAUAAAGAACACUCUGGAUCCAUCGUGGAAAUCCUUCACUGUGCCACUGAUUUCUCUCUGCAAUGGAGAUGUGGACAGAAACAUCAAGGUCCUGUGUUACGACUAUGAUAACGAUGGAGGCCACGACUUCAUAGGAGAGUUUCAGACCACAGUUACCAAGAUGAGUGAAGCCCAGAACUCAGUGGAGGUGGAGUUUGACUGCAUAAACCCCAAGAAACAGAAGAAAAAGAAGAAUUACAAAAACUCUGGAAUUAUUAUUGUGAAGUCAUGUAAGAUUACAAGAGACUACACUUUUCUGGAUUACAUAUUGGGAGGAUGCCAGCUCAUGUUUACAGUUGGUAUAGACUUCACAGCAUCUAAUGGGAACCCUCGAGAGCCGUCCUCCCUUCACUACAUUAACCCACUGGGCAGCAACGAGUACCUUGCUGCCAUUUUAGCAGUGGGACAAAUCAUACAGGACUAUGAUACCGACAAAAUGUUUCCUGCUCUGGGAUUUGGAGCCCAACUCCCACCAGACUGGAAGGUGUCACAUGAAUUUGCCAUCAAUUUUAACCCCACCAACCCGUUCUGUUCAGGUGUGGAAGGGAUUGCCCAGGCCUACUCCGCCUGUCUGCCUCACAUUCGAUUCUACGGCCCAACAAACUUUGCUCCAAUCAUAAGCCAUGUAGCACGUUUUGCUGCCCAGGCACUUCAACAAGAGAAAGCAGCGCAGUACUUCACACUCCUCAUUAUUACAGACGGUGUCAUCAGUGAUAUGGACGAGACGCGUGAUGCCAUCGUACAGGCGUCAAAGCUUCCCAUGUCCAUCAUCAUCAUUGGUGUGGGCAACGCAGAUUUUGCUGCUAUGGAGUUUUUAGAUGGAGAUGCCAGCGUUUUGAGGUCCAGCACAGGAGAGGAGGCUGUUCGAGACAUCGUGCAGUUCGUCCCUUUCAGAGAUUUCCGUAAUGCUCCCAAGGAGACACUCGCUAAGUCGGUCCUGGCCGAGCUGCCUCAGCAGGUCACCCAGUAUUUUAAACAGCGGAAUCUACCGCCCAUCAACCCGGCACCGGAGUGAGACGCCCCGAAGACGAGAGCCCGCACGCUGUACAAUAGCUGAACUAAACCUCUCUUCUUGUUAACAGCAAACAAUACAGAGUGAAAGUGUGUAUAUCAGCUGUGAACAAAAAUAUGUUGUGAACAAAAAAAUCAAACAUUGAAGAACCCUUCUAUUAUAUUUGCAAAGUAUUAAAGAAUGUUUCCAGUGUGAAUCCAUCUGAAGUGAUAUUAUUAUAGAACUAAGAUGAUAAUGUGCAAAGGACCUUGCAUGUCUCCAGUGAUGGCAGGUGUCCAAAUGAUAUAGAUAUAUAUCAAUAUGCAGCUAAAACACUGACCUUUUAGAGAGAUGAAAAAUAUCUGGAUUUGUCAGGAUGUAGGUUCUUUUGCUUUUUGCAUGUGUGUGUCUUGUGAUUGAUACCAUGUGAUAAAUACAACUCCUUGGUGUAAAGUCCCUCCUAAGCUGAAAUAUAUCAGUGGUUUUAUUCCCUCCUGUUGUUGUAUGGAUCCUUUCCCGGUGGCGGAUCAGAUGAAGGCUGUUUGCUUUUGUGCUCACGUGUGCAGAGUCACAGUCUGAGCCUGAGCAGAGCGCUGUUUCCUCACCCCUGCUCUGUUGUCAGGGGGUGUUUUUUUUCCCCCCUUUAAUUUGGAGAAAGGCAGGUUAUGAAGCUUCUCUAUGCUUUGAUUUGAUUCAAGAGGACAGAAUCAGAGGAGGAGGAGGCCAUCGUGGCAGCUGUAGCACUAACACAGAAUAGAUGUGGGAUACUGUGAACACAUUAGGCUGUUAAAUUUGGGGCCAUUUUGCACGCUUUUGCAAAAUCCUUUGACUUCUAAUGAUUUCGGUUCAUCCUGCAUGUUGCCAAUAUCUACUCACUGUUUACAAACUGAUCACAAACGCAUGUUAUUUAUUUUCUUCUCAAAUGAUGUAUUUAUCAGAUUUUGUAAAUAUUCUAUGAGAUUCUCUUUAAAGGAAGGAAGUGUUACAUGGCGGGUGUCAGAGAGGCUGUUAGUGUCAGAGUUGUGAGGAGAGGAAGCAGAAGAGGAGAUCCUGAUAUGCAUAUAUAUAUCGAAUGUAUAUUUAUAUGAUGCUGUUUAUGUUCUGAUAAGCCAAUGUUUCUGACAUGUUUUUAAUGUACUUUUUAUGCAGUGCUGAAUUGUGUACUUCAACUACUAUUAUGUGUAUUGCUGUGCAUCUUUGUACUAAAUGUGUUGUUGUUAAUUUUAUAAAAGUUGUGUCUAUGUCCACACUCAGGUUAAUAAACUGAAGGAAAUGUC